GCGUGUACGGCGACGCGGAGGAGGAGGAGGAGGAGGAGGAGAGCGCGAGCGCGGCCGCUCCUCACAGGGCACACAUCUCCAGCACCAGCAGGCAGGCAGGCAGGCAAGCAGGCAUCCCUCCCUCCCUCCUCAUCCACUCAUCCCCUGUACCGAAAUACACUGGAGCAAUGCGGCAGGACGGAUCCAUGCAGAUGGCUGCGCCGCAGAAAGAGACCGCCGAUCAGAACUUUGACUACAUGUUCAAACUGCUGAUCAUCGGAAACAGCAGCGUGGGCAAAACGUCGUUCCUCUUCCGCUACGCUGACGACUCGUUCACGUCAGCAUUCGUCAGCACGGUCGGCAUCGAUUUCAAAGUCAAGACUGUGUAUAAGAAUGACAAGAGAAUCAAGCUGCAGAUCUGGGAUACAGCAGGACAGGAGCGCUACAGGACCAUCACGACGGCCUACUACCGCGGAGCCAUGGGCUUCAUCCUCAUGUAUGACAUUACCAAUGAGGAGUCGUUCGGAGCGGUGCAGGACUGGUCAACCCAGAUAAAGACUUACUCCUGGGACAAUGCACAAGUGAUUCUGGCUGGUAAUAAGUGUGAUAUGGAGGAGGAGAGAGUUGUGUCUGUGGAGAGUGGCAGACUGCUGGCUGAACAGCUCGGCUUUGAGUUCUUCGAGACAAGCGCCAAGGAUAACAUCAACGUGAAGCAAACAUUCGAGCGCCUCGUUGAUAUCAUCUGUGACAAAAUGUCUGAGAGCCUAGAGACUGAUCCUGCGGUUACCACGGGAACGCAGGGCAACGCCAGGCUAACAGACAACCCGCCGCCAUUACAACAACCCAACUGUGCAUGUUAAUGCAUCAGAGUCCUGUGCGUGUGUGCGUGCGUGUGUGUGUAUGUGUAUGUGUGUGUAUCCAAUACAUGGGCUUCUUUAGGUCGAGGCAUUAAACCUUUAACGUCGCGGCUCCUGGAUGGAACGAGCUCAAUCUCAUUGUUCAGGGAAGGCAUGUUAAGGGUCAUGUGACACUCUUACGCUCCGCCCACAUACCAGAUUGGUUGUAUUUGUAAUGCAAUGGAAUGCAUUUCUGAGAAAAGGAAAAGGGGUUUGAAUUGCCUCAACGCUUUAGUGACGAAAAGUUCUGUACAUAUUAGCAUUAGCAAUCCAGCUGGCAUUAAAGCUCAUUCUGCAUCAGUCCUGAACCUCUGUACUAGACCUGUAUCACACUGUCGACCUACACUGUUUCAUAACGAGUUCAGUGUGAAUCCUGCUGCAUCGUAGCGCUAAAGCUGAUCAGAUCACGAUAUCUGAAACAACGAUGUAUAUUACAAUAUUUAGGUUUACCAACAAAGUGUCGGGUAAACAAUAGUUGCGCUUGAAAAAAAAAAAACCUAUAAACAACAGUGGUUUCAAUGAUAUUUUUAUUACUUAGCUACAAAAAUAAAAUUAUUUAGCUUAAUUUAAAAGGAGGGAAAGGAAGCCUGUAGUACAAAAAUAGAUUUUAGUGUCCAGUCAGGACUCGUGUUGUAAAAGAACUGAUGAUUACUGAAAUAUCUGAAAAAAAAAAAGUAUAGUCUUGUAAUUUAUAAGAAUAUAUCAGAAUUAUAUCUGCCAGCCAUACAUUCAGUAGGUGGUCAGAAAGCUGCUCUGUUGUAGUUGUGGUAGUUCCUCACAAGGAAUUUAUUUCAUCAAAUGAAAUCUGAAAAAAAUUAUAUAUAUUUUUGUGUUGUAGUUUCUGGUAAACUGCUGUGAGGAAAGUUGUGCACACUUCAAGUCAUUUAGAAUUGCAGUAUUAGUAUGUACCCGAGUCGUAUAAAAUCAGGUGUCGGUCAGAGCUCUAGGAAAAAAACCUUCGUGCUUUAGUGAUUUAACUUCCUCCUGUAACCUGUUUAUUCAGUGUUUUUCCCCAGACAUUGUAGAAUAAAAGACAUGUGUGUUUCUCUUCGAAGCAGCCACUUAGAGCAGGAAGUGGUGCCUUUUAACAUUUCCCAGCUCUCCUGCCAUCUUAUUUUGUCCUUCUAUUAUCAGAGAGGCUUUUUUUAGAUAUUAAAUGAUUGGAUUUUUUUUUUUUUUUUUUUUUUUUUUGGUAAAGGCAAGACGUCCUUUCCUCCCAUCGUCUUACUGAAAGGUGAGCUGUGUGUAAGAGGAGGAAGCUCUUUCCGCACCAUCACUCAUUCAAUCGAUAUUUCAUACAGAAAAUAGCAAAUCAGACUUUUUUGAAUUAUAAAUAACAGCAUGACGAUUCUUCCAGUUUUAACUCUCCAAUUCUACGUAAAGUUUCUGUUCCCAUCCAUUCCAUGUUGUCCAACAUCGUACAUCGUACUUCCUCUCUUUAUAGAAUGAAAUGAAUAGAAAUGUAGCCCUGAUGUUAGAUUUGUGUUGAAUGUGCUUUGUGUCUCAUGUCGUUUGUGAGUGUGUGAUGUGAAAUAAUAGAGAAAUACAGAAAAGCAGUUCUAUUUAUUGUAUCAGAAGCGAGUAGGCCAGUGUGUGUAAUGUUAAACAGUCCUUAUGCAUUGCUGAUGUGGAAUCAGUGCAGCUGUUUUCUGCAGCGUUUAGCAUUACACUUGCAUGAAAUUGUGACAUCUAUAUUUAGAGAUUGGUAUCUAUAUUAUAGUCGUUUAAAUUCUGCAUCCUGCACACCUGUGGGCUGCAAUGGGCCAAUAAGUGCAAUAUUUUAAAUCCUAUUUCCUGUACAUAAUGUAGAUGUGUAAUCUGAGGAAUGGGUAUAUCCAUGUGUGUGUGUGUGUGUGUGUGUGUGGGUGUGUGUGUGUGUGUGUGUGUGUGUGUAUGUGUGUGUGUGAGAGAGAGAGAGAGAGAGAGAGAUCAUGCGUACAAGCUCUAUUUGAAUGAGAGGUUGGUGUGAAUCAUACUGUGUGUGUGUGUGUGUGUGUGUGUGUGUGUGUUAGGAGAAAACGUAUGUUGAAAAUGGGAAAUGCUGCUUUUAGACACUCCACUCCCAUCUCAUUCUCCAGCUGUGUUCUUACCGAUGUGUUCACUGAAAAUAGGAGAGUAAUAAGUGUGUGUGUGUGUGUGUGUGUGUGUGCACAUUUGAAAUAAAACACUAGUUUCUUGCUUAAGCAAGUGGUAAAAUGUGUAUGUGUAAAUCCCUUUGAGAAUCGGAGCAUGUUUAUGUCGCUGUACCGACAGUCGAAGAUUCUUCACUCGCACAUGAGCCAGUUUAACUAUAAUUAUACUUCAGUAGGAUGAACUUUAAUGGAUUUUUUUCUUACUCAAGCCCUACAAGAGACAAAUGAAUUAUGGAGUGAUGAUAAUUUUGGUGAUGAGUUAUUACUAUUAUUAUUAUUACUAUUAUUAUUAUUUGAUAUCAGAAGCAAUUCAGUGUCUACAGAAAUCAAACACAGAUCAUGACAUGGUCAUUUAUUUGAUUUUGCUGCGCUGUGUGUAGGAAUUCCUGUUGAACUGGUUGUUUUGUUUGUGUGUGAUGAGUGUAUGACCAAAUGUUACUGUUGAAAAUACAGAUAAACCUACAGACUGUAUUGAUACUUAAAUAAAGUUAUUAAUGAAGCAUUAA